CCUUAUUAUACAUAUAAAGCAGUGAAAGUGCAGCAGCUGCUCAGACUUUUGGUUCUGGAAUAGAAGGACAAUGGCAGCUGCUGGAGUGGUUUUAACCAAUCUGAAUCUGACACCCGGCCAUUGUGUAGAAAUCAAGGCGCUAAUCCCUGAAGACUGUAAAGGCUUUGCCAUAAACUUGGGCAAAGAUGCUUCCAACUAUCUGAUACAUCUCAACGCUCGGUUCCUGCUUCACGGAGACACCAACAAAAUAGUCUGCAACUCAAAAGAGGGUGAUGCCUGGGGAACAGAACAAAGAGAAGAUGCCUUUCCCUUCCAGCAGGGGGCAGAGACUAUGAUCUGCUUUGAGUACCAGCCGGAUAAGCUUGUUGUGAAGUUAUCUUCAGGAGAGCAGUUCUCCUUUCCUGUCCGAAUGCCCCUGGAUUCAAUCUCAUUCCUCUCCUUGGAAGGUAUACUGAUGAAGUCCAUCACAGUGGAAUAAUUCCUCGCUCUAUAAUGAGCUGCCUGGACCCCAACUCAUAAUUCUCAGUCCCAUCCCCCAAAGGUUAUUGCAAUACUAAUUGGCUGAACAGCAACGUCUUCAGGACACAAUGCUGCCAGACAGGUUGUACUUUGUCAUGAAUAUUGACAACAGAUUCAGUAUGUUUCCUGUUGAGAUCCAGGUGACCAGUUAGCAAGAAUGAUGAAAUUAUUCUGCUAGUUACUCCUUGUUUCUCCAUUGCAAAAUAAAGUGGUGUACCUCUUCAAA